AUGCAGUGCUUCCCCACCAUCCUCAAGGCCCUCAACCACCAUGCUAUGGAAAUCCCUGACAAGGUCGUCUUCACCUGGGUCGAUAUCAAGUGUGAGGAGCAGAACAAGAUGACGUUCAAAGAGUUGGAAGACCAGUCGAAUGCUGUGGCUGUUCGCCUCCUCAAGCUUGGAUGCAAGAAGGGAGACCGUGUCAUGGUGGCAUAUCCUUUUGGCAUGGAGUUCUUGGCCGGUAUGUUUGGUUCCAUGAAGAUUGGUGUCAUCCCCUGCUCCAUCUACCCGCCCAAUCCCAAUCAGCUCAAGACUGACAUGCCAAAAUUCCGCAGAUUUGCUGAAGACGCCGGAGCCAAAUUUGCCAUUUCCACCAGCAUUUUUGCUGCGGGGAUGACUGCAGCUAGCAUUCUCUACAAGACUGGGGUCAAGUGGAUUGCGACUGACAAAUUGCCAAUCAAGAAGGUCAACCCAAGCAAGCCAAAAGACUAUGAGAAAUUCGUUGGGGAACCAGAAGAUAUCUGCUUCAUCCAAUACACAUCUGGCAGUACUGGACAUCCCAAAGGAGUCAUGAUCACUCACAACAAUUUGGUGGAAACAUGCAAAGCAGGUGUUGCUUUGACGGAUUGUUUGGGACCCAAUGAUGUGGAAGUCUUAUGGGUCCCUCAAUACCAUGACAUGGGACUUGUGACUGGCUUCAUGGGUGCUACAUAUUCUGGCACCCCCCUUGUCAUGGCUUCACCAUUGGAUUUUAUUAUCAACCCAUUGCUGUGGACUGAUAUGGUUGAGACCUACCGGGCAACCAUCACCUGUGCACCAAACUUUGCCUACGCAUUGCUUCUCAAGAGGUUGCAGCAGGCCAAGCGGACUGCCAACUGGAGUUGUGUGAAGCGUGCCAUGUUUGGCGGUGAACCAGCCCAGAGCCAUGUGAUUGAAGCAGUGUCAGAAACGCUCUCUAUCAAGCCUGAGCAUAUCUACAACAACUAUGGUCUGGCUGAAGCUGUUGUGCUUCUCACUGGUGGACCUGCCUGUCCAGAUGCUGAGGGUGUCGUAUGCUGCGGUGCAGUAGACUCCCCAACCCUCAAACUUCGAAUUGUUGAGGAUGGAAAAGAGGUCGAAGAAGGACAGGUUGGAUGUAUUUGGGCUCAGUCACCUAGAGUGGCAGCUGGGUACUACGGCCAGCCAGAGCUGACACUCUCCACAUUUGCCAAUGCAUUGCCAGGCUAUGAUGGUAUCUGGCUCGACACUGGUGAUCUAGGCAAGGUGGAUGAUGGUCAGCUCUAUGUUACGGGCAGAGUCAAAGAUGUGAUCAUUGUCAAUGGCAAGAACUACUACCCAACUGAUAUGGAGCUCUCAGUUGAUGAAACUUUUGGUGAUAUCAUCCGCCCAGGAAGGACAAGUGCAUUCCAACAUGGAGAAUCCAGCAUUGGCAUCACUGUGGAGGGCCGCAAAGGAUUCGAUAAUUUAGCAAAUGGAGACUUGGCAGUUCAGAUAGCCAACCAUGUAUCUCAGGUCCAUGGGAUUUUUGUCCUUGAGGUGGUUGUUCUGAAGUUGGGCGCAACACCUAAGACAACGUCGGGGAAGCUGAAGAGAAGUGAGAUAAGGAAGAUGACACUUGAUGGCGAUUGGAAGGAGUCAGCUCUGCUUUUUCAACUCCAGCAAAACGAAAUGUUUUCCCCUCUUGCCAAGAAUGACUGUCCUUCCCAAUUCGCAACAAAAGCUGUUGGUGAGACUCCCGAUGGAACUCAACAUGAAAUGAUGAGGCAUUCAGGUGAAAGUGAAAGCGAAGCUACUCAAAUGAAACCAUCCAUCCCAGCAACUGAAGCCCCCACCCAAAAGUUUGAGAGUAUAUUAUUGACCAUUUUGGCAGCAGCAGCAGUCGACACAUCCAAGACUUGGGCAGAGAAUGGGUUGACAUCGCUCCAGAGUGCUGAGCUCAGGAACAGACUGGAACAAGAGUUGCAUGUGGUUCUUCCAGUAAAUUUUGUGCAGCUCUACCCGUCCCCAAAGGCACUUUCGGCCUUCUUGGCUGCCUCAAGGGGCAUGCCCUUUCACAGAGAGGCAGCUGACAAUCAUCGUGACUUUGUUUGGGAGUCCUCGAGGUCCAAGCUUGGCAAACUACAACUUGGAGUGCUACAAACUGUGGGCUUGAUAGUGAUCCUGUCUUUGGUUUUGAUGUCCAUUAUUCCUUCAUACUUCCUUGUCUCCUGGGUUUUGGAACAGUGUGACCCAACUCAAGUGGGAGAAUGUCAUGGCUCACUUUCUUGGGUCCUUCUGCCCCUAUCAUUCCCUUUGUACCUUCUAUGUUUUUCAGUGGUUGUGGUGAUCUGCAAGUAUGCAGUUAUUGGGACGUAUCUGCAAAGACAGAUUGAGCUCUUGUCGUGGCACUACCUUCACUGGUGGUUUAUGGACAGACUAAUCGAGGUUUGGGAGUUUCUAGUGGGACAGUUUGUAGUAGAAACCAAGUACAUCUGGUUCUUCUACUGGCUACUUGGAGCAGAUGUGGCAUGGUCUGCCAAGCUUGACUCUUACAUCCGUGAAUUUGACCUUGUGAAAGUGGGAAAAAGUACAACUAUUGGACACCCUGUCAGGUGCAGAAAGUUCUCUCAGUCAGCAACACAGAGUCCAAAGGUGACCUUCCGGCCAAUCAGUUUUGGAGAGAACAGCCGUGUAUUUGGCAUGGUUAGCCCAGGGGCCAUCAUUGGAGAUGGAAGCAAAGUGGAGAAACUUUCCUCUGUUGAUGAGGGAGCUGACGUACCAAACGGUGUCAUUGCAAGAGGUAGCCCAGCUUGUCACGGUGGUUCAUUUGAGCCAUCAAAACCAAAGGAUAUGGAGGAUUCCAUGCUGGGCCUCUUGAAGAUUGCGUGGACCAUCUUUGAGGCAUAUCACUUCUUCAGUCUGUCCUACCUGGUGCAUGCCAUACUCAACAAAAUCUUGCCUUCCUGGAGAUAUGCUGGGAUGCUUCACUGGACCUUGCUCUUUCCGUUCACGUCUUUCCUUGCACUUCUCACAAGCAUUGCCCUCAAAUGGAUUCUGAUUGGGAAACCACAUCCAUCAGAUGAAUAUGAGGGAACACUGUGGCGCAGGGUAACCAACUGGGCUUGCGACUUCCACUUCCGCAUUGCACGUUGGUCAUUUUUGCCGUUCUUUGGUGGCACCUCGCGAAUCUGGAAUAUCAUCCUUUACCUUCAUGGUCUUGACGUUGAUUUGAUAUCACAACUCAGUUUUCCAAGUGUCUACUUCCUCCCAUCCAAGGUCGACUUUGCAAAGAUUCGGCAAUCUUUUGUCGGCACCAUCUCUCUUGACUUGAACCAGCAUGCAGAUUCAAAGCUUGAAAUUGUCAACAGCAGUGUUGGUUACAAUGCCAAUCUUCAUUCCGGUGUCAAGAUUGUGAGAUCUACCAUCCCACCUAGGUCUAAUGUGUCUGAGAGCAUAUAUGAUUUGAACCCAGCAAGCCAACAAACCAAGCCGGCCAUACUAACGGCAGAGGUGUUCUAUCAGUUGAUGAAUGUGAUAAUUAUUGCAUCUAUCAUACCAGCCUAUGAGUUGUUAGUUUGGGUUCUUUGCUCCAGGAUGGCUGAAUGGAUUCUCUAUAAACUUCCACAACAAGCCCAAGAAAGCUUCUAUGGAGUCUGUGUUAACUAUGCGUGGCAUUUCCGGGUUGGUAACUUGUUGGAACUGCUCAUUCAUGGUACGCCAAUGUUUAAUAACUAUGCUCGCUUCAUGGGGGCUGAAGUGCACGGGGAGCUUUGGUACUUUGGUAACUCCCUAUAUGACUAUGGCUGCUUGCAUUUCCGGGGAAGUGUCAUUGUGGAUGAUUCUCACCUUACUGGCCAUUACGUGGAUCAUAAUGGGCUUACCCUUGGUGACACAUUUGUCUCUGGAGUUGUGCACCCAGGAUGCUAUGCCCCUGCUGGAUCUGUGGUUUCUGGAGAAGAGUCUGGUCCAUGGAGAGUUUUCUUGGGAAGCGAUUUGGUAAUUGAGGAGUCAAAACAUGUUCCGAAAGAGACACAUCAGGGUAGCUCAGUGGUUGACAGUUGCCAGGAUGACCUCAUGGAUCUGAUUGAGUUUGAAGUGUAG